AUGCCAAAAAAUAAUAAUUUAAUACCCAUAGAAAAACAAAAAUUAGUUGAAGAAGUAGUCAACAAAAGUGGCAGUAAUUAUGUAAGUGAAAGAGGUAAAGAAGGUUAUGGACCGAUGCCUGUUGAUAGACAAGCACUGAUGAUUGCUGGCUCUCAUUCAAUAAUGAGUAGGAUAAGAAGCGAUUUUCCUAAUGUUGCAAGGCUUCUUGAUGAGAUGCCAGAAGCCACAUUGGGAUUUCUUAGUGAAAAAAUGCUUUUAGUGCUUUUUCAGGAAAAAGAGCCUUUUCAGUUCCUUGUUCUCACUCAGAUAAUUAUAGUAAAACUGGACCUGCUGCGUGAGCGGAGUAUCAUUGUUGGUGGAGUAAAUCCGAGAAGUUUUGAAGCAGAUAAAAAUGGUUCUUAUGAGCAUGCCUCAUUUUGGGGUAGUCCAGAGAUAAAGUUGUUGAUACUUGAUCUUUAUGAGUUGAGACGACUUGAGGAGAAGUGUGAACGUGUUGGAAUAGAGGAAGCAAAAAGUUAUAUAAGAGAAAUUAACCGCUUAAAAGCCGAAAAUGAAAAAUUAAAAAACAACCAAAAUCUAACUAAUUCAGAAAAACAAGAAAGAUUACAGAAAAAUCAACAAAAAUUAGAGAAAUUAAGUUCUUAUUAUGAUGCUGGUUUUCAGUCGAGUUCACAACCAAACAAUUCUAAUGAUAAAUUUCCUACUAGUUGGGUUCAAGAAAUAACAUUACAAAAUAAUAUGCCAAAACAAAAUAAUUUAGUGCCUAUUGAGGCAAAAAAACCCUUAAAUAAUCCCAAUAAUACUCUUUUAGAGUAUCAACCACUCCCAAAAUCCCGUCAACAAAUCUACCAAGAGAAUUAUCAAAAGAAUAGAGAACUUAAAAAACAACAAAGGAGAGAAAGAUACCAGCAACAAAAAGAACAGCAGCAAUUAACUACUAAACAACAAUCAGCCAAAUAUUAUGGAGCCGAAGCCUUCAAAAUCUUAAUGACUUUUAAAGAAUACACGGAAUUAAACUGUCAAGCAGCGAUUAAAGAGGGAUUAGGUGAUAUAGUAGCCAUUAUGAAGUUAGCCCAAGAAGCCGAUAAUCUUAUAAGAGAUUAUUGA